AUGAGCUCGACGCCGAUUCGGCCGAUGACCAUCAAACGCCUCCUCCAACUCGAGCCUGCAAACGAGGCAUCGCUCCUCAAAGGAGCGGAAUGGAUUCGCGAGGAGCUGCCGGUGCGUCUCUCCCAUCGCCUCUACGACUUCCACCGUUUGCCGUUCAUUGCAGUGACAAAUCCACUCGUGCAUUCUGUUUACGAGACCUACGUGGCGACCUUCGACCGCAUGCGUCGCUUGGCUCCCCUGCGGACAGUCGAUGACAUGAAGGCCUUUGUUGCGCUCGUCGAGAAGGAGCGAUCCACGCACGACCGCACGGUGGAUUCGAUGGGGCAGGGCGUGCGGCAGCUCCGAGGCGUGUGCCGCGACAUCGAUCUGAACUCCUUUCUCGAAAGAUUUUUCUACUUCCGCAUUGGCCGCAGAGUCAUGAUUGACCAGCUUGUUCACCUGCAGCACAAGCAGGAGGGCUGGCAAGGCAUCAUUCACUUGAACUGUCAUGCGGCAAAGAUCAUCGAGCAGCGCAGCAAAGACGUGCGCGAGUCCUGUCGCCACUCGUACGGUCUCGCGCCUCCUGUCGUCAUUUCAGGCAACACAGACAUGAAGUUCGCCACGAUUCCGGAUCACCUGGCGCUGAUUGUGACCGAAAUUCUCAAGAACGCGCUGCGGGCGACAGUCGAGUUCCACACCAUGGGCAACUCGCUCGUUGACGCCGCGACCAGAGGGUUGAUUCAAGAAGAUGAAGAUCUGCCUGAAGUGAAAGUCGAAGUCUACAAGGGCAAGCGCGAGGUUGUCAUCAAAAUCUCCGAUAAAGGCGGCGGCGUGCCUCCACACAAGCUUCAGGAUAUUUGGAGUUUCGGCUAUAGCACUGUCGGCGACAGCAACACGAAAAUCCAGGGCAACUCAGCUGGCCUCGGCACGAAUUUCAUCCGCUCCGACAUGGCGGGCUACGGCUUUGGGCUUCCUCUUGCUCGAGCCUUCGCGCGCUACUUCGGAGGAGAUAUUCAUGUACAGUCGCACUUCGGGAUCGGAACAGACGUAUACAUCACGUUAAACCACAUCGGUGACAAAGAAGAGGCACUCUACUACGAAGAGCGGCCCGAGCUUCGCCCGGAACACAAAGCGGCUGACUGA